GACGACAUCGAUAAAGCAACAGCCGAGGUUGGUUGGGUACCCCGUGUAGUGGCCUGCAGUAGACGGAAUUAAUGUCCAAACCAACGACCAUUAAAGAAGCAAUAAAGAAGUGGGAGGAAAAACACGGCUCCAGCGCAGCAGAAGCGAGCGAAGUGGUGAUGUGCUUCCAGUGGCCACCAGUGGAAAAAAUGGACAAUUCACUCUCGGCAUUGGUUAACUGCAGAAAGUUAUCACUUUCUACUAACAUGAUUGAAAAAAUAUCUGGACUGGGUUCCUUAAAGAACUUGCAAAUUUUAUCAGUUGGGAGAAAUUACAUUAAAUCAUUCUCUGGUCUGGAAGCGGUUGGCGAGACCCUGGAAGAGCUCUGGAUGUCCUACAACCUAAUAGAGAAGCUGAAAGGUGUCCACGUCCUCAAAAACUUGAAAGUUCUCUACUUAUCCAACAACUUGGUCAAAGACUGGGCGGAAUUCAAUAAGCUACAAGAGCUGCCCAAUUUGCAAGACCUCGUCUUUGUGGGCAACCCUCUGUCCGACGCGUACGACGAGACGGUGUGGAAGAGCGAGGCCGUCAAGCGGCUGCCAAACCUCAAGAAGCUGGACGGCGAGCCCGUCAUCAGGGAGGAAAUACCGGCCGAGCCUUGCGCGUGAAGCCCGAGCACUGCGGCGCUCGGCGCUCGGAACGAACAAGCCAGCGGCCGUACUGACGGACACUAAGGUACAGUUCUAGCGUCGGCGGUAGCCACACGAGUGUGCGUCUUUGCGGACGUGGUUAGCAUUGGAAAAUGAAAUCUGCAAGCUGCGGUCGUGAUUCUUUGCAGGCUCAGGUUUUUCAGGACCCACGUACCACGACACAGAUCUGUACCUUUUGAUUUCUUCAGCUUUAUUGAAAAUUUAGCAAUAAUUAUGUGACUUUAUUUGAUUAAACUUUAAAUAUUAUCAACAUAUUGAUUGAGGAAAAGCAUAGUUGAAAUAAAAUUUAAAUAAUCAAAACUGGAGCAGCAUAUGUAGUUUCAUCCUGUAUCCAGUGCGUAUCUUAUUUUUUAUGUACCAUUGUACAAGUAAGUUGGGCAAUUCAGUAUGUGUGUCAGGUGAUUGGAUUGCUGCAACAUACAACUUAAACUCUAUGACAUAGUUUAGCUUGAAAUAUUUAAUUUUCUGGUAGUUCAAGGAUAGGCAACCUCAAUUUUUCUUUCAUUACCAUGUGGUAAUAUAAAAAUUGAUUUUGAAGGCUGUGAAUGAUAGAGAAAUGUUUCCAAGACUGUCUUACAAGCCAUGAAGAUUUUUCCUUUUUUUUUUUUUCUUUUCUUUUCUCAAUAUACAUACUCAGUGCCGGUCCUAUCAAAAUUUUUAGGUGGUGCAAGAUCUAAACAUGGCGCCCCUCUAAAUAAAAAUUAUUGUUAAACUGGUUGCUUAAUUUUCCACCAAAAAAAGCAGCCGCCUCAGAUUAUUAAGCCGAAUUACUGCUGUCUAAAAUGUCAAAUCUUAGAAAUGUUCGUUUGACCAGUUUGUGCGAUUACCUAUAUGUGAUAGAUGUAGUGGACAAAUGACAAAUAAUAAUAAUAAUAAAUAUGAUUGUCAACUUUAAUUUAUUCUAUGUUCCAUGCAAACAUUAAUCAAAAAGUAUGUAGACAUGUAGUAAAAAUAUUAAAAAAAUACCUAGAUAAUCACUUUUCUAGCUUUAGCACUUGCAAAUUUUUUUAUCAAGUCAGAAUAAUUCAACUUUUGGGCAAUAGCAUUUUCUAUAGACAAAAUUCCAAGAUCGGACAGUCUUUCCUGACACAUAGUAGACCGUAGGUAGGUUUUUAUAAGUUUUAAUUUACUGAAACUUCGUUCUCCUUUGGCAACAGUUAUAGGCACAGUUAGCAAGAUACGAAGCACUGUCCAUACAUUCGGGAAAAUAUCUUGCCAAUCAUUUUUUUUUAUAAGUCGAAGUACUUUUAUUGGCUCUCCUGACUGAAGAUCUCUUAGUAAUGGAUUCAGGCUCACAAGUUCUUCAACCAAUUCAUGACCAGAUAUGUCACAUUUUUCUCCAUCGGUUAAAGUGAUUUGCAAUUCAGCACAGGCUUUUUCCAACAUGGAUUUUUCUGGAAUUAUUUUAAUGUCGUAUAAAAAUGACCAUGUAUCAUUGAAUUUUGACAGUUGUUGAAAACGUGUAACCAAUGUAUUCUCAAUGGUGUCUAUCAUCGGGUAAAAAACGUUCAUUUUAUAUAAUUCCUCCGGAUCAGUUGGUGUUUCAUCUAAGGCUUCGUAUUCAAAUAACAGUUUUUUUCUUCGCAAUCGGACUGCCUUAAAAACUUGGUUUAUUUCGGCUAGAGACGCUAUUUCUUUAGCUGUAAUUAGAGUUGAGGAAAAGCUACGGUACUCUUUCACGAAUUCCGAACAGUUUUUCAGUAAUUGCGAUGAAUUUGGUAAGUCCAUAGUUUCAGACUGCAUAGCUUUACUUACAAUGUUUACUUGAAACAAUAUAUCAUACCAAGCCACCAUUGUAAUUAUGAACUCAAAUUGCUCCAUAUUCUGGAUAAGCGACAAUGCCUCUGAUGCUGCAACUGAGUCAUUAGUUUCUUCAUGAAGAUUUUGAAGGGCUUCACGAACUGAAGUGUAGUUAAAGCGAACAGCAGCAAGACUAGAAACUCUACUCUCCCAGCGAGUUUCGCAAACUUUUUUUAAUGAUAAUCCGUCUAUGUGCUUGGAUAUCACUUCCCAUCGUUUGGUUGAUCCAGAGAAUAAAACAAAUAGUCUUUGGAGAAAUCCAAAUAAAGAAACAGAUUUAACGGAACUUUUGGCUGCAUCUGCUAUCACCAAAUUCAAGCUGUGGCAGCCACAUGAAUUAAAAAAUGCCCGAGGAUAUAGGUUUAAAAUUCUGGUUUGUACACCUUUGUUCACUCCUAUCAUAUUCGCUCCAUUAUCGUAGCCUUGACCUCUACAAUCGUUCAUGUCUAAAUCAAAUUCUUGUACAAUCGAAUCAAGAAAGAGGCCAGUGAGUCCUGCUCCCGAAGAGUCACUUACUGGCUUGUAAGCAACAAAACACUCUCGCACUUCCACUACUUCUUCAUUAACGUCAACGAACCGGAAUGUUAGUGACAUUUGUUCAAUGUGGCUUACAUCAGGAGUACAGUCCAUAAUGAUGGAGAAGUAUUUAGCUGACUUUACCAUAUUCACAAUAUUAUUUCGAACUUCACUUCCAAGUAAGCCAAUUAAUUCGUUUUGAAUGCGUUUGCUGAAAUAGUGGACAUUAGUCUCUUUAUUUACAACACGGCGGAGGUGCUCCAUCAUCACAUUGUCAAAUUGUCCUAAUAAUUGCACCAAACCCAAGAAGUUGCCAUUAUUAGGGGUGUAUAAUGUUUCAGAGCUCCCUCUAAACGCCAAAUUAUUGCCUGCCAAGAAGAACACUAUCGACAUCAUUCUUUCGAGGAUAGCAACCCAUCUCGAUUUCUCAUCUUCAAUCUGUUUUUGUAAUUGUUUGUCUAUCCCGCUACAGUUCUUCAACCUAAUCGAUGCUUGUAUCCAACUGUUCAAAGCACGUCGGUGAUCUGAAGAUGUUUCGUGUGUUUUGAGACGCGUUGAUAAGUGCCGCCAGUCGUCAAAUCCUUCUUUUCCCAAAUUAGAGUUGGGGUUUGUGUUGAGUAAACGACAGCAAAAACAAUAUACUUUAUCUGCAGAUUUAGAGUACACGAGCCAUCUUCUUUUAAAAAUCUCCCCAUUUGGCAUUACUUUUUCAAAAUGCGAAUUUGAAAAAUGACGGCCGUCACAAUUCUUUGGGUAAUUUUCGUUGUUCAUUUCAUUACAAACAGGGCCUCGAAGAAGGAUUUCAUCUUUUGUUGCAGAGUCAAUAAUAAGCGGCCAUUUUGAAAUAUCAUCUAUUUUUCUCUCUUUAAAAGAUGAUGAUAACGAUUCAUCAGUUACAACUUCUUCUGUAAUAUUUUGAGAUGCAGAUGAGGUUCCAGGAACAGCUAAAUCUUCUUGAAAAUGGUGCUCUGUAUCUUCAAGAUCAGAACUUUUUUCAAGCGGGUCUUCUUCUAUUGCUUGUUUAUAUUGAAGUUCUGGUGAUGAAGGGUCAGAUAACUUUUCGACUCUCAAAAAUUUUGAUAGCAAAUUUGCAGAUUUUUCAGUUUCGGCUUGCUUUAUCCGUUUCCUUUUUAAGUUUUGUGCACCAGACAAUUUUUUUGAAGACUGUGACAUGUUUUUUAAUCUGUAAAAGACACAUUUAACCAUCACUCGUUACAUACAUGAUAUCAGGAAAUCAGUGAGAUAGAAUAGGACAUACUUGAGUUGAAGAUUUAAAUUCUGAUGUGCGAUAAUCUAUUCCCACGGACCCACGCGAUCGAAAUCGCCGGCAGUAGCCAGUUAUAAAAUAAUUAAAUUAAGUUUUUUUUCCUUUAUUUAAGUUCAGGGACUAUUUAAAACCCCGUUUUUUGCACUUUUUAUUAAUUACGGACCUGUUUUUAACCACCUUUAUUUAACUGGCAGUUAGUAUAACUCAUUGAUUUUUCAUUUAUUUUCCAUUCAAAAUACGUAAAAACUCAGUUACGCUAAUUGUCACUUAAAUAAAGGCAGUAAAACAGGCCCUUAGACAAAACGUUUUUUAAUAGUUAUUCGACAAAAAAUAAAUAACUUUAACAAGAAUGAUAUAUAAUAUAUAGUAGGCCUAUACAAAUAUGUUAAAACAAACUAGUACCUACACCUUUACCACCUUAUAUAUAAAACGCAGUAUAGGCAAAGAUUAAAUAAUAGUUAUUACGUAACAGGUACAUCACUUCCAUACAAAUGCUACCAUACAUACACUAUAAUAAAUACACUACAAAAGCGCAGUACAUCGGGCUGCAAGGAGAAACGUACUCGACAAACGCGCGUAAUCAUUAAAUGCCUAAGACACCGUGUUUAAUCUCGCCGUGCGGUUUCGUUCGUUGAUAAGUGGAUAUGUCUUAUCGCAGUACCACAGAAUACACUAGAAAGUAGUGGUGCACUGAUAUGACUUUACCGAUUACCGAUUCUUGAAACGUCCGCUUUAUAUGGUAAUAAAUUAUUACGCUAUUCAUGUUUGGCCUUUGUGUAUAAUCAUAUGUUAACAUUUAAAUAAGUUAAGAUUCUUAUCGGAAAAUAACUGUACUAAAAUAACGGAGAUAAUUUCAGAACGAUUGUGAACGUUUAGAACAAGUAAACGUUAAUAACAUUUCAAUGCAAUGUAUAUGUAUGGAAAUUAAGUGUCGCCAACGUCUUGUCGCAAUAUGUAUUUCUUAUUCGUUAAAACAAACAUCGCCGAACAUGCACGAAGACGCCAUAUUUACAAAACUUUAUAUACGUUGCUGUUAAUAUGCGACUAAUCGGUAUCCGCAUCUGUGCUCCACUACUAGAAAGGAACUUAUAUAAACAAUACUUACCUACUUCUGUUUUAUAUUAAAAAUUCUUCUGUAAUAAUCUAACGACACACACACUGUACAACACAGAUAUACACUCGCGCAUGUUUGAACUACUUGGCAAUUCAAUAGACAAUGCUUGCCUAGCGAAACAAGUGACGGACGAAAUUUAACCCCGCGCCCCACUUGCCCCUAAUGAACGACUGGAAAUUGGAAGACUCAGGCGCCAAGCAGUUCAAGUAACGGCCGGAUGAAGCGCCACUGUAAACUGUGGGACACAGGAUGUAAAUAAACAAUUGCUAGUAAUGUAAUACGAAUGAGCCACGUUAAAAGAGCUGUCGUACACAUAAUCAUUAUUAAUUUGGAUUCAUUCAAUUUGGAGAUCUGACACCGUGACUUCGGAGGGCGGGUACCUCAAUUCGUCCAUUUUCCCGUGAGACCGAUCGUCACCGUCGUUCGUCUCAUGUGUCGGUUGAUUUCAGCGCCCCCUCCCUUGAUGGCGCCCGGUGCGGUCGCACCGCUCGCACCGCCCUAGGACCGGCCCUGUACAUACUUAUUUUAAGUUAUUUAUACAAUUUGUAAUUGAUACCUCCCUUCCAUUUGUUGUUUGGCCACAAACAUUGUCAACAUAUGUUCACUCAGAGUAAUAUAGUUCGUGUCAAAAGUCAUGUAAGAUUUGGUAAUUACCACUUGUGAGAUUAACUGCACCCAUGAUAUCACUCUAAGUGAACAUGUUUGAAAUAUUAGUAGUGUCAAGAUUUUAUGGUUUUAUUUUCAGGCCAAUUUUGUUUUUAAAAAAGGAGGUUUCUGUAUUAAUGUUUUUAUUAUUUAUGAAUUAUAUUGAUUAAAAAGUAUAUAUACUGAACAAAUAUGAUAAUUAAAUGUUGCAUGAUACUAAUUUCUCCAUAACAGUGUAAUUUUGACUGAUGUAUGAUGCACUUUACCAAUAUAAUGAUUUGUAAUAAGCCAUGUGUAAGUUUUAGAAACAAAUAAAGUAAUAAAGUAAACCUGGUAA